GCCGUCCCACCAACGCGUUUCGAGUCAACCAAGGCUGACCGGUAGAAGGUGUAGCACGAAACACCCUUGUUAUCUCCAGGAAAGGCGCCGCCGCAACCACGCAGAACACGCUCUAUUGACAACCCCGCCUCUCUCAAAACUCUUCUAGCUGCACAUAUCUAUUGGCGCCCUGUUUCAGCAGCGCCCCGGAAGAACACUUCAAUCACUAUGGGUAGCUCAACCUCAGACCCCAAGGACAUCGCCAUCGUCGUCGUACAAGGCUCAUUCCAUACGCCCCGAGCGUAUCAGAAGCUGACCGACGGCUUGGAGCACCAAGGCUAUGCGACUUUCCAACCUGAACUUCCAAGUUGCAGCAACACCGACGAUGCUGACUUCCCCUCGAAGACGCUUCACGAUGACUCUACGGUAGUCAAGAGCGUUGUCGAGCGACUUGUCAACGAUGAGGGCAAAAAGGUAUUCGUUGUCAUGCACUCUUAUGGUGGAUUGGUAGGAAGCAAUGCCAUUCCGAAAGAAUUGAGCUUCAAGUACAGAAAGUCUGCUGGGCUGUCGGGAGGGGUCAUUCACUUGCUCUACAUUGCGGCAUUUGUACUUGAUGAGCGCCAAUCUGUACUCGGCACAUUCGGUGAAUCGCCUAACAACGAUGUUAAGGACGAUGGUCGCUUCUUCCUCAAAGGUGGAGCUUCUUUGCUCUACAACGAUCUUUCCGAUGACGAAGCGGCUGCUUGGGAAUCACGUCUGAUCCCCCAGUCACAUGCGGUGCAGAAGUCAGAGAUUGAGGUCACAGCAUACAAGUAUAUUCCGUCGACAUACAUGAUUUGCGAGAACGACAAGGCAGCACCUCCUCAAUACCAGGAGAUGUUCGCAGGAGCUGCUGGUGCGAAGAUCAUUAAGCUCGCUGCUGGCCAUAUGCCCAUGUUAAGCCAGCCAGACGCACUCGUGGAGAAGGUUGUGGAGGCGGUCAAAGAAGCUGGUGCCGAGCUCGAGUAGUGUCGGAAGAUGAUCGCGGGGCACAAUGUAGGAAUCGAAGAAUGCACUAACAUGACUAAAGAAGCUGCUGCAACAAGCAGGCAGGGAAUGG